AUGUCAACGAUAAGUAGUAAUCGUUUUGAAGAUUGUAUAUUUGACAUGAUACAUAACGAAAAAAACAUGAACGAUGAAUGUUUUUGUACACCUCAAGAUAUUUUCUCUUGUGUAUUUGGAGAGACAUCAAAUAAUUUUGAAAUAGAUGAUAUUAGUCGUGCAACACAUAAUAUGAAUAUCGUUGGCAGUAAAGCUUACUCAAAAGCAGUUGGUGGACCAGUGGUUGAUGGUAUAUUCGAUGGGCGUCAAAUAAUAACAUCAACAUCAACAUUAGAUUUAAAUAGUAAUAACAAUAAAUCGUCGAGUGCUGCUCGUUAUAAAACCGAAUUAUGUCGAUCAUUUCAAGAAACAGGGUUGUGUAAAUAUGAUACCAAAUGCCAAUUUGCUCAUGGUCAUGAUGAAAUUCGAUCAUUACAUCGUCAUCCAAAAUACAAAACAGUGCUAUGCCUUAUUUUACAAGAUUCUGCUUCUACUAAGUCUGCAAUGUCAUCGAAUGAUGGUGUAAACUAUGGUGUAUUUAGUAGUUCAAUGUCAUCUCAUUCAAUUUCUCCUCGUUCCAUUUCACCAUCGAAUAGUCCAACAACAUCAGCCAGUUCCGAAUGUGGUUCAGAUGAUGAUAGCAGUAUUACAGGAUAUCGUCAACAUAGUCAUCAAUUACAACAACCAUCGCAAUAUACAAGAAUUCAUUCAGACUCAUCGUCAAUUGAUGAUUAUACAUAUUAUCAUGUUUCUUUGAAUUAA